GAUUGUAUUCGAUUAAUCGAAGGAGGAAGUUGUGGCUUUGUCUCCCAGUCAGAGAUGGCCCGCCCCUGCUGGAUGUGAGGCGACAUUGCGGGUUCCCCUCUCCCAAACAGCCGCCCUCUUGAUUUCUUCUCAUCUCUUGUGUUUAAAAAAAAAAAAAAAACGAUGGAGGCGGUUUACACUCAGGGUGUUUUAAUGGCCGAGUCUCUGCAGCAGAGGACGAUGGAGCAGGAGAGACUGUGGCAGGUCGUCACUCACAUCGGGGACCCCAAAGCUGCCUUCCUGCUUCUCUUCCCUUUCACUUACUUCCUCAGCAGACGGGCCGGGGUGGCGGUGCUGUGGGUGUCGGCUGUGUCCGAGUGGCUCAACCUGGUGUUUAAAUGGAUGCUGUUUGGAGAAAGGCCGUUCUGGUGGAUUGGUGAAUCUGGUCUAUUUGUUGACAAGCAGCCGAAAGUUCAGCAGUUUUCCUCCACCUGUGAGACCGGGCCAGGCAGUCCUUCGGGACAUGCGAUGGUGACAGCAGCAGUCUGGUGGGUUGUGGUGUCCUCGCUGGGUUCAUUUCUGUACUCUCGUACUCGCAGUGUGGUGCUAUCAGCUGCUCCCUUCCUGUUCUAUGUGCUGAUGCUGGUGGCCAUUGGAAUGUCCAGGAUCUUCAUCCUCGCCCACUUCCCUCACCAGGUCAUCGCUGGCUCCAUUACAGGUUUCAUUCUGGGGAUGGUCUUGAGCCGCAGAGUACCAGAAGGUCGCCCCCUGCUGUUCUUCUUUAGCUUCAGCAUGGGUCUGAUGCUAAGUGCUCUGAUGCUGCAUGCUGGAUUACAGCAGCUGGGAAUCGAUCUCUCCUGGUCUAUUACUUUGGCUCAGAAAUGGUGCAGCCGGGCCGAGUGGAUUCGUCUGGAUACAGCUCCGUUCUCCUCCCUGACCCGAGAUUGUGGGGCCCUCCUUGGUUUGGGGCUGGCGCAGUACUGGAAGCCCGGAGGAUGGGCUCUGCCUUGGGGUCCACGUGCUUUAUCUUUGGCUAUUUCAUCCAUGGGACUGUACCACGUGAAUCGGCUGCCACUCCCAGUCCGACCACAGGGCCUCUUCUACGGCCUCUGCUUUGUCAAAUUUGUCAUCGUGCCUCAGAUUGUGAUGGUUCUUGUCCCUGGAGUGAUUCACCUCUUCACACACAAAAAGAAGAAGGACUAGAGACUAGUCUAUUCAUCAGGUGUCAUUUACACAUCUGAGGACUAUAGCAUUCCUCUUACAGGACAGUGUCUGUCAACACUUGACAUCUAAUUGAUUUCAUCGGUACUGUUGUCUGUACAGUCACUCCACUUUUCUUUUUUUUACUUGGAAUUCAAUCAGCGUUUUUCUUUGCACUUAUCAGUGACUUAAUGUUUUUUUAGUGUAUAUGGGUCAUAAAUUAUGUGAAUGUAUGCAUUUUUAAGUUAAAGCACAUUUACUGCAAAUUAUAAUGCAAUAUUUUUUGUCAAAGUUUGAGUUAUUUCUAAAGUUAUUUUUGGAGAAAAAAGCAGUGCAUAAAAAAAAAAAAGACACUAUAUUUGAAAGUCCUUCUGGGCUGGAGCUGGCUGUUGAUCAUUAACACACAUUAUUUCCAAAUCAAAAAUAUAAAUAUAUAUAUAAAUAUCAAUAAUUUAGAUUUAUAAUUAUGUCAAUGAGACCUGAUAAAUUAAAACCUGAAGGAAAUUGUUUUCCGAGCUUUAACAGAGAGAAUAUAUGUGAUAAUGUUAAUAUUGGUCCAGGUCUGUUGUUAAGGUUCGAAAUAAAAGGAUAUAUUAGAGGUGUAAUCUAUAUAUUUGUCAUUGUACUGAAUUGUAUUGUGUAAUAGUGUAUUACACUAUUCAUAGUUUUUUGUGUCAGCACACUGGUGUUUCUCGGACUUAAAUCAAUAAAUUACAUUUUGAAUGCACACGAUGAGUAAAAUAAAUAACUGACAUGCAGGGCGUGUUUCAGUUGGUAACCAUUUAUAAAUAUGCUCUUUUUUGUUUUGACUGUACAGAUUACAAUCAGUUAUCAUGAGAUAAAAACACAUUCUUUUUAUUUGUUUUUAAUUAAACUUUUUGUCACAGCGAUCUGAAAGCUCACAUUUACAGACAAGAGAACUCUGCUCAGCAAGCAAAUACAUUAAAAGAAAAGAAAAGAACCUUUUCCCUUUUGUCUGGCGAGGUUUGAGGAAAAUGAUAAGGACAGUUCAGGGAUCGCAGUCUCCUUAUCUUGAUCCAAACACUGUAUCACACACCAGAGCCGGGACACUGCUAUACAUGUUUCCGCUUGAGCUCAUGGAAAGAAUAGAACAUGCAUCAGACUAUGUACAGCAAACUAAUAUACACACACAGCUUGAAACCAUACACCCUCAAAUAGCCUCAACUGAGAAGUCCAGUUUAAAUGAAGUAUCUUACAGUUUAUACCUUAAUCUCUGUAAAGAUAAGUCGGGCGAUUCUCUGGUAGCAGGUGAAACUGAGGACGGUCAGGAGGAGCCGCCUCCUUUUAGAUAUUUUUUUAUCUAGAACCAAAAUAAAAUGUUACAGACAAACGGUCUAUAACUUUCCCCACAUAUACAAAUAACUUGAAUAUUCUUAUUAUCCCUCUUUUUUCUCAUCAAACUCCAAAUACAGAGUUUCUGAAAUGUCAGUCUUUUUUUUCUUUUUUUU